UCGGAUCGACCAGUCGAAUUGCGCCGCCGGUGGCAUCUCGUGCGAAUCGAAGUGAAGAAAAACCCAACUCUGCAAAAAUGUAUAUAUUUCAAGUUAUUUGAUAAUCACCCGCUCCGUCCGCUGAAGGCGUUUCCACCAGAAAGAUCAUCGAGCCUACGCUACAGCAACCGAGGGCAGUAGUCGCCGCAAACCCCGGGGGCGUCAGAGUUUGUGCCGGAACCGUACAUUUCGUCGGAUCAAAGUCGCGUGUUCGCGUGUUUGUCGCGUGCGUGUGUGCGCUUUCCGUCGGCGUUGGAGUGCUUCGUUCGGGCAAAAAAGCGCGUGUUUGUAGGGAAACCCAACAAAUCGCCGGAUCGGAAGUCACGUUUUGUCACGAGUCAACAUUUUCCACGUUUCACAGCCGAUUUGGCAGAUGCGUGUGACAAUCACUACCACUGGUCUUUUGCACGCCGUAAUUCAAUCCCCCGCGUAGUAAGAACUAAGGAGAUCUCAGGACACCUUUCCCUCUCGGAUCGAGAAGAAGGCAGCAGCACCAUUUGACCAUCGGAUUUAUAUAAUAACGCAAUACGCAUCGAACGGGGUGCUCGGAAGCAAAGCAAGCUGCUUGGUAACCAUUGACAUCAGAAUCCCGAAAUUUGCCAAAAUCUCCCCUCCCAGUCGAGAGUCCCCGAGACCGAAGAAGCAACAGCAUGGACGCGAUAGAAGAGCGAAAGGUUUAUCGCCUGGUGCUGACGGGAGGGCCUUGCGGAGGCAAAACGACUGGCCAGUCGAGAUUGUGUACGUUUUUCGAGAACCUAGGAUGGAAGGUUUUUCGCGUGCCUGAAACGGCCACAAUCCUUCUCAGCGGAGGGAUCAAAUUCGCCGAUUUGGUGGCCGAUGAAGUGUACAAAUUUCAGGAGAACCUGCUCCGCACGAUGAUCCAAAUCGAAAACACAUACUUCGAGCUGGGCAGAACGAGCAACAAGAACUGUUUGAUCAUCUGUGAUCGUGGCUUCAUGGAUGCGAGCGCUUAUAUAUCGAAGGAAAAGUGGGACCGUAUGAUGCGCUCGAACAACUGGAACCCGGUGGAGCUGCGUGACAAUCGGUACAACCAGAUCAUCCACAUGGUAUCGGCCGCGAACGGUGCGGAAGAGUUCUACGCCACCGAGGAACACUCGUGCCGGUCGGAAGGCGUGACCCUAGCCCGCGACCUCGACUACAAGGCGGCGUCGGCCUGGAUCGGCCAUCCGUACUUCGACGUGAUCGACAAUUCGACUGAUUUCGAGAACAAAGUGAACCGGAUGAUCGAAUGCGUGUGCCAGAAGCUCGGUAUUGACAUUGGUGAUCGUUUGUCGAUCACUUCGCGGAAGGUUAAAUUUUUGGUAUCCGGUCCGAUGCCUGCCGAUUCAGCCUUCCCGGCCUUCCAAGACUUCGAGGUGGUACACCACUAUCUGCAGUGUGCUGGUCCGCGUGUACAAGCACGGUUGCGUAAGCGAGGACAGAAUGGCCGUUGGAGUUACAUCCACACGAUACGUCGGCCGCAGCAACAUGGCCAGUCGAUUGAGGUGCGCACGCAACUAUCACAUCGUGACUAUCUGAACAUGCUCACCCAGCAGGAUGAUGCUCACUUUACCAUCUUCAAGAAGCGCCGUUGCUUCCUGGUGAACAACCAGUACUUCCAGAUGGACAUCUACAAGGAGCCGAGCCAUCCGAGGUGCAAGGGUUUGAUCCUGCUAGAAACGUAUACCUCGCUCACCGGUGACCGGCUGAAGAACAUUCUCCCGAAGUUCCUGAACAUCGUCAAGGAGGUGACCGGGCAGCCGGACUACUCGAUGUUCAACCUAUCGCUCCGGGAGGACUGGAACAACACGAAAAAGUUCUGCUACUCGCUGCACGAUCAAGACGAUGGCGACGUGAAAACGAACGGUCACACGCAGAAAAUGAUCAAUGGUAAAGCGUAGUCCACGUGAGCCGCACGAAGCACGUGGUUUGCGUGCGACGGCGCAAGGAUGGGCUGAUUGAUCGAACGGAAAACGGUAGGCGAGCGCGGGGAAUGCAUUAGUGGACGCGGCGGUGUGUAGUGUUUGUGUGUGACGUGUGGGAUGCAACGAGGAGGAGAAAAAGAGGAGCCGGUGGUGAGCGCGCAAGGAAGGAGCAUCUCGUGCCGAGGAUGAACGAAGGAGAGGAAGAAAAGAACGUCCAAUGGCUGAGUUUUUUAGUAGUUUGUGUUCUUGGUUUAAAUUAUUGUUUAAUUGCUGAAAUAUGGAGCAAAAAAUCCUCACACACACACAUACAAAUGUUAGGUCAGUCAGAAGAGAGCAAACGUUUUGUUCUUUGUUUCGUUGAUUUUUGUCUCAUUGUCGUCCUUUUCUAUUGGGCAUUUGUUGGUCGUGUGGCUACAGAUGAUUUCAGUUCGUUUAAUUCUAAUUUACUUUACUCGGUGCCUUAAGAAUUCAUUUUGCAACACUAACAAUUUACUUUAACUGAAAAGGUGCAUCGUACAACGGAAGCCAAACAAAUUGUGAACGGAAAGUACUUGAAUGGCGAGAUGAUACUUAUGUAUUUUUUUUUUUAAUUACUAAAGACUCUUUGGCUCCAGUUUACUAGGCUACAUUUAUGUUGCCCAAUUUAAUAUGGCUGUUGCUUAAUUUUACCCCGAAUAUAUUAUACUGGCUUUCACACGAUAAAAGAACCAAACCCCGGUUGGCAAAAGAACAUUGCAUACAUAAUAUGUAAACCCUCCAUGUCAGUACCAAAUACCAAACCCCUCCAAAACGUUCGAGCUUAAACAGGUUGAACUGCUGGGGAUCGAUGUUCGAAAAAGGGAAGGCCCAUUACAAUAAGAACAAACAAACACUAAAUAGCAAACUCUCAAUACAACUCUACCUCUCUACUAACCUGCUGCAAUAGAAAGCAAGUCUUUGUAACAUCUUAUGCUGGAAAAAUAAUACUACAACAUCCCCCUCCUCGAUCGACGAUCGACGAUCGUGAAGUUGUGUAUCGUUUUCUUUAUCUUUCCAUCGAAAGCUUUUCUAUAUAGUCAAAACGCGCGCUUUGUCAUCUUUUCAACUCUCUUGAAAUAUAUACACUUGUGCGGCGCGCCGGUCAGUGUUUUUGCAGUUAAA